GAUAAUUCACCCACCCCCCUUUAAUCUGUAGGAAAGUCCUUGUGCAGUGUUGGGUGCAGACGGCACUCCCAGCUCCCUCCUUCUGUUUCUCUGUGUUUGUUAAGAGCUCCUGUAAACUAAUUGACGGUGGCCUCUUCAGAGAGUUAAAAGAAAAAGUCUGAGGGAUUAACUAUACAAGAUACCUUUGUCACCAAGUUGUGCAUCUUACAGAACUAUCGAGUGUGAGACACAACUCAGACCAGCAGUUUUUGUUCCUCAAUGCUAAACCACCUAAAGGAAAAUAAAUCCUGUUAUGUGAAACACCAACGGGCCUAGUCAGUAGCUGCCAUUGGAUAAGGAGGUGCUUGUGGAACACUCAGCUUGAGGGAUUUUAAUGGCUUUCAGGUAGAAUCCAAGUGGAGACAAUCAAAAUGAAUUCUAUGGACCGGCACAUACAGCAGACCAACGAUCGGCUGCAGUGCAUAAAACAGCACUUACAGAAUCCUGCCAACUUCCACAAUGCAGCGACAGAACUCCUGGACUGGUGUGGUGACCCAAGAGCCUUCCAGAGGCCCUUUGAACAGAGUCUGAUGGGCUGUUUGACGGUUGUUAGCAGAGUGGCAGCACAGCAGGGCUUUGACCUGGACCUUGGAUACAGGCUGCUGGCCGUUUGUGCAGCCAACAGGGACAAGUUCACACCAAAAUCAGCUGCCCUGCUCUCAUCGUGGUGUGAGGAGCUGGGACGGCUUUUGCUGCUGCGCCACCAGAAAAGCCGGCAAAACGACCCUCCGGGGAAGCUACCCAUGCAGCCACCCAUGAAUUCCAUGAGCUCAAUGAAACCCUCCCUUUCACACAGGUGCAUAUGUGACGGCUGCCAUCUUGACAGACCCCAGAGAUUGAAACGGGGACCUCCAGAGCUGAAAGCUGAUGGGUCUUUCCCUUAUGAUUCUGUUCCUUGGCAGCAAAACACCAAUCAACCACCAGGCUCCCUAUCAGUAGUCACUACAGUAUGGGGUGUAACUAAUACCUCCCAGAGCCAGGUGCUGGGAAAUCCCAUGGCAAAUGCUAACAAUCCUAUGAACCCAGCGGGAAAUCCCAUGGCUUCUGGGAUGACUACUAGCAAUCCUGGCAUGAAUUCACCUCAGUUUGCCGGCCAGCAGCAGCAGUUCUCAGCCAAGGCAGGCUCCAACCAGCCAUACAUACAACAGGGCAUGUAUGGGCGGCCGAACUACCCAGGGAGUGGAGGCUUUGGGGGAAGCUACCCAGGAGGCCCUAAUAACCCUGCAGGAAUGGGGAUCCCAUCCCACACCAGGCCGCCUGCCGAUUUCACUCAGCCAGCCGCUGCCGCGGCCGCCGCUGCAGUUGCAGCAGCGGCAGCUACAGCCACAGCUACCGCUACCGCCACCGUUGCAGCCCUUCAGGAAACGCAGAACAAGGAAAUGAACCAAUAUGGACCGGUUUGUUCCUCUUUCCAGAUGGGUCCAACUCAGGCUUAUAACAGCCAGUUCAUGAACCAGCCUGGCCCUCGUGGCCCUGCUUCCAUGCCGGGCAGCAUGAACCCCGCCACCAUGGGAGCAGGCAUGACGCCUUCCAAUAUGAGUGGGCCACCUAUGGGCAUGAACCAGCCCAGGCCUCCUGGGAUGAGUCCCUUCAACCAUGGGCAAAGGAUGCCGCAGCAAGCCUACCCUGGCCCACGUCCCCAGUCUUUGCCUAUGCAGGGCAUGAAGAGGCCGUAUCCAGGAGAGCCAAAUUAUGGAAACCAGCAGUAUGGACCAAAUAGCCAGUUUCCAUCCCAGCCCGGUCAGUAUCCAGCUCCCAACCCUCCAAGACCCCUUACAUCUCCCAACUACCCUGGACAAAGAAUGCCAAGCCAGCAAAGCUCGGGGCAAUAUCCACCCCCAACAGUCAACAUGGGACAGUAUUACAAGCCAUCAAGGCCUGUUCCUGUGGCAAAUUACCCUCACUCACCUGUUCCAGGAAACCCCACACCACCUAUGACUCCAGGGAGCAAUAUUCCUCCAUACCUGUCCCCUAAUCAGGAUGUCAAACCGCCAUUCCCGCCUGACAUUAAGCCAAAUAUCAAUGCUUUACCGCCACCUCCAAAUGCUAAAGGGAAAGUUCACGCUUUCUCUCCCUCUUCGAUCCCAGCCAACCAUAAUGAUGAACUGCGCCUGACGUUCCCUGUGAGAGAUGGGGUCGUAUUAGAACCCUUCCGGUUGGAACACAACUUGGCGGUCAGCAACCACGUCUUUCACCUACGGCCCACUGUCCAUCAGACGCUAAUGUGGAGGUCAGACUUGGAGCUACAGUUCAAGUGCUAUCACCAUGAAGACAGACAGAUGAACACCAAUUGGCCAGCAUCAGUCCAAGUCAGUGUCAAUGCAACUCCGCUUACCAUUGAACGUGGUGACAACAAGACGUCUCAUAAACCCCUGCACCUAAAGCACGUCUGCCAGCCAGGAAGAAACACAAUUCAAAUUACUGUCACAGCAUGCUGUUGUUCACAUUUGUUCGUAUUGCAGUUAGUACACAGGCCAUCAGUUCGUUCUGUACUUCAAGGCUUACUAAAGAAACGUCUCCUUCCAGCUGAACACUGUAUCACUAAAAUCAAGAGAAAUUUCAGUAGUGUGGCGGCCUCCUCUGGCAAUGCAACCCUCAAUGGUGAGGAUGGAGUGGAGCAGACGGCUAUCAAGGUGUCUCUGAAGUGUCCAAUCACAUUCCGGCGGAUUCAGCUACCAGCGAGAGGCCACGAUUGCAAACAUGUACAGUGCUUUGAUCUGGAAUCCUACCUGCAGCUGAACUGUGAACGAGGGACAUGGAGGUGUCCUGUAUGCAAUAAAACAGCUCUGCUGGAAGGCCUGGAGGUUGACCAGUAUAUGUGGGGUAUUCUAAAUGCUAUACAAAACUCUGAGUUUGAAGAAGUCACAAUUGACCCGACCUGCAGCUGGAGGCCUGUCCCAAUCAAGUCAGACAUUCACAUCAAAGAUGAUCCAGAUGGCAUUCCUUCCAAGAGGUUUAAAACCAUGAGUCCUAGCCAGAUGAUCAUGCCUAAUGUGAUGGAGAUGAUUGCAGCUUUGGGUCCAGGCCCAUCACCUUAUCCAUCAAUACCCCCUCCGCCUAGCGGCACCAAUUCCAACGAAUACAGUAACCAAGGUAACAGUUACCAAGGUCACAGCAAUUUUGAUUUCCCCCAUGGGAAUCCCGGUGGAACUUCUAUGAAUGACUUCAUGCAUGGGCCCCAACUGUCACACCCUCCAGAUAUGCCCAGUAGCAUGGCCGCUCUCGACAAACCCCUAAGUCACCCCAUGCAAGACCCUAUCCCUCAUCCCGGCAGCACUGAUCAGUCCCAUAGUUCCAUGCAGCAAGGUUUGCACGUACCUCAUCCCAGCAGCCAGUCAGGGCAGCCAUUACAUCACAGCGGUCCUCCUACCCAGCAGUCCCGGCAGCCGCCACAGGCCGCUUCUAGCAACCAUCCACACAAUGACCUGGCCUUUAACCCCUCCUCAGCCUUAGAAGGUCAGGCUGGUGGGCAGGGAGCAUCUGACAUGCCGGAGCCUUCGCUGGAUCUGCUUCCAGAACUCACGAAUCCAGAUGAGCUACUUUCGUACCUGGAUCCCCCUGACUUACCAAGCAAUAGCAAUGAUGACCUUCUCUCUCUUUUUGAGAACAACUGAAGCCUUCUGUAUUUUGUCUCCAACACCUCUCACUUGUUUGACACAUCUGUAGCUUCACAGUGAGGAAUCCCAAACCACCCUUUUCCACGAGGACAAACUCACAACUUGAGCAAAUGGUGCACACUCCCUAUUUUCUUCAUCUCAGAACUGCUUGAGUCAAGCUUCAUUAAUUGUGGUAGGGCAAAGCAAGAGGACAAUAAGGUGGUGACCUCAUAGACUGCCACUCUCCAUCACAGAUGAUUUGUGCAGCUGUGGAAAACCUCACUUGUUAAUUCUACAAAGAUAGAGAAUGUGUUUCGGGAUAUAUGUAGUGAGACGCAUCCCAGUAGAAACCAGUCUCAGCAAAGGAAGGAAGAAAAGGCAACAGAACUAUUCUAAAUGACCAGUUUCAGAAUGUCCUUCCAACUCGUGUUCUUCCAUGGGUUCCCCCCCCACUUUUGCUGUAGCAUCUGUUCCACUGUGUUUCUUCCUAAGUUGUGCGGGCCCCAGUCUGUACAUUUCUGUCAGAAUAAGGACAUUUGGCAGCACAUUCAGACUAGCCAAACAAACUUAAAACCAUAAAACACAUACCAAAAAGCACAAAAAAAAAAUUCAAUGAAGUCACAAGUAGGAUAAAAAUACAAAAUGCAUCAGAGGGAGGCAUCUGCUGUUUAGACAGUAGUUUCUCCAUGGUGGAAGAGUCCUGUGAAUCUCCAGGCUGUGGAAAGCGUGUUUUUCUAAAUUGUAGCAAUCUUUUUUUUCUUUUUUUUUAGUAAUCUUGUAGGCAGAGUAACUUCUUUGCUUUAACACUGAGGCUUGGAUACUUUGUUUUCUUCUGUCCUCCUCUUUCCAUUUCUUCUUUUUCCUUAGGGGAUUUGGUUUUGAAUUACCACCUUUUGUGAUAAUAUAGUAGCCAACUAUUUUUUUUAAAGGGGAGGGGAGAUAAAUCCCGUAUUUGCAUAUGAAGUGGGGAAAACAAAAAACUAUAAAACUUUGUCACUAAGAGCUUUCCAUUUUCUUAACCUGCACAAUUAAACCACUGCUCAGUUCCUAAUAGGAAAAGGUAGCAAAGUUGUGAAAGAUGAAGGAGAACUGCUCACAUUCUUGUUUUAAAUAAUUGACUUGAAAGGCAUUUGCAAUGGGAGAGACACUUUACAUCCCCUCAUAGUUUGCUUUAUUACUUUCCAGCUUAUCUUUGGCGGUUCAGCCUUUUUCUUUUUCAAGUUUGUUGUAUCAUUUAGCUGCCAGGACCUUCUCCCUUCUUUUAAAAAAUAUUUCUAAUAACAGGCAUGGGAAAAAUAAAUUACUUUGGUACAAUAGUACUGCAGACUCUCAUGCCACAAUGCUUCCGUGGUAUUUGUGCUUCUCUCAUGUGGUUGCUUCCCUCCUGCAUGAGCUUCCAGUUGCUUGUGGGCCCAUUUUUGUGCUCUCAGUCGUUCUCGCUUUAUAAAUUAUGUAUAGUAUCUGUAUGUUCAGACGUGCAUGUGUGCCAACUCUUGCCCUUAUGGGCCAACAUUUCAUCUUCUGCCUACUAUGUACAGAUACUGCUUUUCUGUGAAUAAAGAACCCUUGAUUGCUUCCUUCCCUGUCCAGGAUCAAAUCAAAUAUUCUCCUAUUUGAUUUCAGCAGUAGGCUUUCAACUUUGUGCCAGAUGAACUCUUGCUUGUUGGUUUCAGUGUGUAAACUCCACCCACCUUGCCCUCUGUGAAUGGCAUGAUGUGUGCAUUCCAUUCUGAAUUUGCUCUCUUCACCAAAGUCAUGCUUGUAAAUUCUUUGAGCAUUUGUUCUUAGCAUCUACCACCACAGCUGUAUAUGCAUCUUGAGAUAUAUA